UUAAGAUGCAGGCUUUCUGAGCAUUCAGACCUGAGGAGGAAAGCUGUAGGCUCUCCGUGAAGCUCCACCUUCAGAAACUCAAGCUUUGAGAAAGGCUAAGAACGAGCAGAGCAAGCAAGACCACCAGCACGUGGUGAGGCCACCCGCGGGGAGCCGUCAGGUCUGCUGCAGCCCCGCAGAGCUCAGCUGGGCUUCCCCAGACUCCCCAAAGGAAGAACCUUCCUCACCCACGCCCAGGGAAGAUGCCGAAAAAGCCUCUCUCAGCCGUGACCUGGCUCUGCAUCCUCAUUGUGGCCUUCGUCAGCCACCCAGUGUGGCUGCAGAAGCCCCCGAAGCGUAAGACACCCGCACAGCCCAAAGUGGCCGCCUGCUGCGAGGAGGUGCGGGAGCUCAAGGCCCAGGUGGCCAACCUGAGCAGGGUGCUGAGCGAGCUGGGCAGCAAGCAGGAGAAGGACUGGGUGAGCGUGGUCAUGCAGGUGAUGGAGCUGGAGAGCAGCGGCAAGCGCAUGGAGUCCCGGCUCACAGAGGCCGAGAGCAAGUACUCCGAGAUGAACAACCAGAUCGACAUCAUGCAGCUGCAGGCCGCGCAGACCCUCACGCAGACCUCAGCAGAUGCCAUCUACGACUGCUCGUCCCUCUACCAGAAGAACUACCGUAUCUCCGGGGUGUACCGGCUGCCUUCCAAUGACUUCCUGGGCAGCCCAGAGCUGGAGGUGUUCUGUGACAUGGAGACCAGAGGCGGAGGCUGGACUGUCAUCCAGAGACGAAAGAGUGGCCUGGUCUCCUUCUACCGGGACUGGAAGCAGUACAAGCAAGGUUUUGGCAGCAUCCGUGGAGACUUCUGGCUGGGAAAUGAACACAUCCACCGGCUCUCCAGACAGCCAACCAGGCUCCGCGUGGAGAUGGAGGACUGGGAGGGCACCGUGCGCUAUGCAGAGUACAGUCACUUUGUCCUGAGCAAUGAACUCAACAGCUACCGCCUCUUCCUGGGCAACUACAGCGGCAACGCUGGCAACGAUGCCCUCUACUACCACAACAACACAGCCUUCAGCACCAAGGACAAGGACAAUGACAACUGCUUGGACAAGUGCGCACAGCUCCGCAAAGGUGGAUACUGGUACAACUGCUGCACAGACUCCAACCUCAACGGGGUUUACUACCGCCUGGGAGAGCACGACAAGCACCUGGACGGCAUCACCUGGUAUGGCUGGCAUGGCGCCAACUACUCCCUCAAGCGGGUGGAGAUGAAAAUCCGCCCGGAAGACUUCAAGCCCUGAAUGCAGGCUGCUGUGAGCAGGGUUUCAGAAACAGGCGCGUGGAGGCUGGGCGAGGGGGAGGAGGGGAGGGAGUGUGGCGAGGGCAGGGGGGGCUUCUAAUCUCCCAUGACAGGGGGGGUCUCUGAGCAGUACAACACCGUUCUAUGCACACGGAUGUGAGGGUGCACACAUGAAGUACUCCCCCCCAACGGUCCUACCAGUACUUCUCAAGGGGCUGAACUGAGUGGGCUCGCUCUGCCUGGGAUCCCUAACACAGCAGCUUGUCUCUUCCACGUGGUGGUCUGUGGGAAAAAGUUGUCAGAGUGCUUUAUCCGUUUUCUCUAUGUAAGAGCGAAUCCCGAAUUCCUUUGCUAAAAAGGACUGUAUUAUCUUCAUUCUCAGAGAGGCUUUGAGUGUCGGAGGCAAGAAUGGAAGAGGGUGGUGGAGGAGGCAAGUUUCCACUUCUAAAUCGCAUGGAACGACCUCCAGUCCACACGUCUUCAUUAGCUAAACGGAACGAGAUGCCCCUCAGUCCAGCUGGGGAUGAGCUGCCCCAGGCUGCACUUCCUUGGAGGAGACUCCAGGACUCUGGGCCCUGCGAUCAGACUCUUGGCUCCGCCCCUGCUCACCUCUGUCUGGGUACAGGACCGAAAGGGACCAAGGGCAUCUGGUGGUGGCAGGGAGCACCAGUGGGAGGGGACAGCCUGCAUGGUCGCCUGCCCAAAACUGCCUUCAACUACUCAUGGUCAAUUUAGAUACAUCUAUUUGUAUUUACUUUUUAAGAAAUGUUGUCUAUAAAAAAAGGUCUGAAAAAUGAAGGUUACUGAUAGUGCUUUGGUAAAUAAUUCAUGCUGUAUAUAAGUAUCUUGCUUUGUAAAAAUAAAAUAUUCUAGUUUGUGUUUUAAACAAAGUUUCUUUUCCUUCCUUUUACAAUA